CAACACAAAAUAAUUGAAGCAUGUUGUUGUUACCAAAUAAAUUAAUUUAAUUAGUUUAGUUAUAAAAUAUAAGCGAAAAUAUAAAUUUAUAAAUAAAAAUGCUGGCCAAUUUAGCAAGACGUAAAAAUUUACUGUAUCGCACAUACACAACAAAAGCGAAAAGGAGUCUGCUUAAACAAGAUCAAACUAAAAUUAAAGUUAUUGAAACAAAACCUUCAAAUCCUCAUAAGGAACGAGUGUACGCAUGGGGCUACCAGGAGACCGGAGCUCUGGGCAUACAAACAAGUGUCAAAAAAGCUCAGGAACGUUAUACCGAAAUGAUACAUCAUCCAACUCGCAUGCAAUUUUCGGUAAAUAAUGAAAUAAUUGAUAUAACUGCUGGCUAUGGCUUCUCAGCUUUUGCUGUUAAGCGUUCAGAUGGUGAGACAUUAUUUGGCGCUGGUUUAAAUACCGAUUCACAGUUGGGUCUACAAAUGAAAGGUCAUUCCAAUGAUCCCAGAAAUUUAGAUGUCAUAAUAUAUCCCACGGCCAUUAAAUUGCCUAGAGUUGCGGGAGAAACAGAUGAAGAUAUGAUGAUUAAGUGCAUGUCAGCUGGAAGAGCACAUUUGGUUGUGGUAACUAAAAAUGGCACCAUCUUCUCUAUGGGCAAUAAUGCAUAUGGUCAGUGUUGUCGCGAAAUAAUUGAGGAUGAAGCCUAUAAAGGUAGCUCCCUAAUAUAUCGUUUAUCUCAAAAAGAUAUUUGUGGCCAGGAAGAUGAAAUUAUUGAUGUGGUGUGUGGUCAGGACCAUACAAUGUUUUUAACCCGACAGGGACGUGUUUAUACAUGUGGCUGGGGAGCAGAUGGUCAAACAGGCCAAGGACAUUAUGAAACUACUGGAAGAAUAUCUCAGGCUUUGGGUGAUAUAUCAAAAGAACAUAUAGUUAAAUUAGCAUGUUCUUCGGAUUGUGUACUAGCUCUUAACGACAAGGGAGAAGUUUUUGGUUGGGGCAAUUCUGAAUAUGGUCAAUUGGAUGACUCUGACAAUGCCAUUACUCAAAUAAACACUCCACAAUAUUUAAAGUUAACCAAAGGAAUUGGUAAACUUAAAGACAUAGCUGCUGGUGGAUCCUUUUGCAUGGUCCUCAAUGAAGAAGGUCUUGUUUACACCUGGGGUUUUGGUAUUUUAGGCUUUGGUCCUUAUGUUGAACAAACAUCUAAGCCACAACAUCUAUUACCACCCCUCUUUGGCAGAAAUGAUUUUAGCGAUAAGACCUAUGUGACCUCAAUAGGUUGUGGCGUUUUCCAUAUGGGCGCCAUUAAUUCGGAUGGCGAUCUUUUUAUGUGGGGCAAAAAUCGUUUUGGUCAUUUAGGUUUAGGUCAUAAACAAGAUCAAUUUUUCCCUUUGAAAACAGCAGUUAACGGUAAAGUUACGAAAGUGGCGUUUGGUGUUGAUCAUACAUUGGCCAUGUGUAAACCUUUUAUGUAAACUUAAGUCUAUGUUAGUUUAUUUGUUAUAGAUUAAGGAAAAUAUGUAUGUAGACAUUUAUUACAUAAAAAUAUAAAUUACAGCAGAAAAAAUGGAAA